UUACUCUUUCUCUCACGCUUUCUCUCUCUCUGCUCCCGAUGUAUGGUGGAAUAGCCAUGGCGGCGAAGAUCGCACGGAUCCCUUGCUUGAAGCUUCAUGCGGUCCGAGCCUUUGCCGCACAAGCUUCCCCCAAGGCAUCGCAGAGCAAGUUGGAAUGCCUGCCCAAGCAAGACGUUGAGACGUCCACACUGCCCAAUGGCCUGACGGUGACCACCCUCGAGAACUACUCGCCCGUCACGCGGCUCGCCAUCGUGGUCAAGGCUGGCGCCCGGUACGAAGACAGCAGCAACCUCGGCAUCACCCACACCCUCCGCAACGCAGCAACUUUGGCCACCAAGAGCCACUCCAAGUUUGCCAUCACCAAGAACAUCGAGUACCUCGGUGCCAACCUGACGGCGUGCACAACACGAGAGCACAUCAUUUACCUGUUGGAGUGCAACCGCGAUGAUGCCCACGUGGCACUCAAGUUUGCCCACGAGGUGGCGUUUCUGCCGGCCUUCAAGCACUGGGAAGUGGAUGACGCUGCUGCCCAGCUCCACAGGGAGCUGGCCCUGUUCCGGCAGAACCGAGAGGCCGUGCUGAUGGAGGCGGUGCAUGCAGCUGCCUUCCGCGGCAGCCUCGCCAAUUCCCUGUACAUCAGCGACUUCCUGGUUGGCCGCUACAACAAUGAAAAGCUGGCCCAGUUUUUCAAGAAGCACGUGAGUGCACCACGCGCCGUCAUCUCCGUUGUCGGCGCAGAAUGCAAACGGGUGUCAGAUGCGCUCAAGGACGUCGAGCUGCCCACCAAUCCCGGCGCCGACUUCCUACCCUGCAAGUUUGGCUCAGGUGAAAACCGCCUGGAGACGCCGGGCGAGUACGUGGAUGCAGCGGUGGUCGUGGAAGGCGUGGGCGUGCGCAACUCCAAGGAGUGCCUCGCCCUGAGCGUAUUCACGCAUAUGCUGGGCCUGGGGCCCCGGCUGCCGUACAGCGUGAGCCAGGCCACCAAGCUGGGAGAGGCGGCCGCAAAGGCCACCCAGAAGCCAUUCGCCGCGACAGCUCUGAACGUCAAUUACACAGACACUGGGCUCUUCGGCGUCGCCGUGGCUGGCCACCCGGACGACAUGGACAAGCUAAUCAAAGCAGCGAUGGGUCAGGUGCGGACGGUCGCACAGAAGGUUGCCGACAAGGACGUCCAGGACGCCAAGCAGAGGUUGAAGGCGGCGGUGCUGUUCGGCCGGGAGAACCAUUCGGACCUGGCGGUAGAGAUGGGCGUGCACGUGUCUCGCACCGGACAGCCCUGGCGGCAGGACGAACUCGUGCAGGCCAUCGACGCCGUCACCACACAGGACGUCGCCACGGUGGCAGCCCGUGUGACGAAGAGCAAGCCAGCCAUGGCUGCCAUCGGUCGCUUACACAACACUCCGCACAUCGACGAGCUCGUCUAGGAGAAGCUGCUGUUAGUUGUGCUUGCAAGCAUAGUGGUUGCCGCUGCUGCCAAGACAUCUUGGUGGCUACGCGACUAGGAUGCACCGUUAAUAAAUAACAUUUCCUGCCCGACA